AUGAGAAUACCAAGAUGGUUAAACUGUGAUCGUGAGAUUGAAAAUAUCUCACUUCAUUUCUUCAGUGAUGCGAGUAAACUUGCAUAUUCAGCUGUGGCCUUUGUUCGAGUACAAACAAGAGAUUUGGUUCAAGUUCAUUUGGUGCAAGCUAAAGCGAGAGUUGCACCCAGCGGAAGGAAAAAGACAACAAUAACUCGAUUGGAACUUCUUGGAGCUACAAUAUGUACACGUUUAGCAUCCAGCAUAAUACCUGAAUUUCAAGCUGAUGAUAUUUAUUUUUGGACAGAUUCGUCUACUGUGCUAGCUUGGAUACAGAGGAAUGAAGUAUGGGACGUAUUUGUUUACAACAGAAUUAAGGAAAUAAAGCGACUGACUUCUAUUGAAUCUUGGAGGCACGUACCAGGAUCACUACUGAAUCCUGCUGAUUUGCCUCAGUAG